AUGAACGGGGCCGGAAGCGGUGAGACAACCACGACGACGACGACGAGGCGCAACGCUCCGCUGCGAAACUUUGUUCAGGUCGCCAAAAGUUAUGUCUUUGAGCAGGAGAUCCAGAACUCGCUGCGUGAGACGGGCGUCACCCAGGCCAGAGAAGACAGCAUCAGACUGGCCGGUGUGCAGUGGAUCGACAAUGUCAGACGAGCGUUGAAAUUGCCAGUUAAAACAUUCAACGCGGCGGUGGUCUACUACCACAAGUUUCGCCUGCAACACUCGGACGGCGAGUACAGUUUUGUGGACGCAGCAGCCGCAGCACUAUUUACCGCCUGCAAAAUCGAGGACACGCUCAAAAAGUCACGAGACAUCCUCUGCGCAGCGCAUAAUCUAAAAGUUCCUCGCCAGGAGCAUCUGUCUCCAGACGAUCAGGUCUUCGAACACCAAUCACGCACCAUAAUCGGCCUUGAACGCCUCAUGCUUGAAGCCUCGGGCUUCGACUUCCGCAACCGCCACCCGCAGGAAUUCAUGAUCAAGCUGGCGAAAUUCUACCAUUUCCCCAAAACCUCGCCCGUCCUCAAAACUGCAUACGUCAUGACGCUCGACCUUUACCGCACAUUCGCGCCGCUCAAACAGCAGACGGCGACUAUGGCCUUUGCGUGCCUCGAGCUCGCGGGACGGCUGCUCGGCGAAGAGCACGAAGACAUUUGGCGGGGCAGAGACUAUCAGACCUGGAAGAUCGAUCGGGGAAUGGUGAUGGAAACCCUCCUCGACUUGCUCGAGCUCUACACGCACCACCGCACCUCGACGGCGGUGGGGCCCGACUUCCCUGUCGAUACGUUUCUCGAAGUCCGCAUCCCCUUGAACCUCGAGUCCGAGGAGAGGAACCUGCCGCGGUACACGGCCUGGGUCGAAACGGCCGGCCGCGACGCGCCCCUCGGCUACGGCCCCGCCGCCGGGCUGAACGGGACUGGCAAAGCGAACGGCUCGCAUUCCCGCGGCUCCAGCAAGAACGUCAGCCCCAAGGACGCCCUCACCAGUCCCAGCACGAACAGCAGUUCCGGGGUCGGCAGCGGGAGCACCGCCGCCACCAGCGUCCCUGGGGCAACCCCCGGCGUGAGACAGCGCGCAGGUGAGCGCGGCCGCGAAGGCACUGUCCGCUUCAUCCUCAACCCGGAUAGAGAGCGGGACGAGAGGGCGGUUGUCGAGCUGUUCCGCGGCCCGUGA